AUGAAUAACCAAAAUGUUAGCAAAAAGAUAACUAAUUGGGCGUUCAACCGGUUAGUAGGGGUAUUUGCCCCCAAAGGCCGGUUCCCUGAACCGCUUCAGGAAGAUUGGGUAGUGGUUGGAGAUCCCAAGACGACCAACUGUACUGAUGGUGACUGGGUAGUGGAGGAAGAACCUCCCGACGAGAUCAUCUCAACGUGCGAUGAGCCACAGAGGUCCGAUACUAAAGUCACGCGUAGCCGGCAGCCUAAGCAUAGUCCGAAGACUAGGAUGACUAAGAGAGCCAAGUCCAUAGCUGCACUUCUCCAGCGAGCCGAAGAUAAAUUCCUCAAGAGACGUCUCUCGGCAGGCUCGUCUCCAAGUCGGCUACCGUCCGUUCCUGGCUGGAGUGGCUUGGCUUCCGCAAUGUCGCCUUAUAUGGACUCCUGGGUCGAGAUAAACAAUGGCUAUUAUGCUGCUCCGUCAAGUGGCAUCGAGAAUGUGAGAAGUCCCAUAUUGGGAGUAGAUCGGAAGGAGGCUAUGUUUUGCUUAUGA